AUGCUCCCCGGCGCGGGGCUGCGCCGCCAGUUGAGCGCUUCCCAGCCCCGGGAGCAGCGCAGCGGCUCCGCGCGCACCUCCGUCCCCCGCCGCCCGCGCAGUCGGCGCGCAGCCAGCGCCAGGCCGCAGCGGGCGAGCGUCGCCGCCCGGCAAGGGCGCGGGGCGGGCGCGUCUCCUGGGGCGCGGAGGGCGCGAGGGCCGGCGCUGCUCGGAUCGCGCCGCAAGCAGCCGGGCCCGGGGGGCUUCCGUAAGUCCGAAGGGAGCGUGACAUGCGCGAAGGGGCAGAGACGCCCUCCUCCGGCGGCGGCGGCCGCGUUGCCUGCAGACACAACAAAGCCUUCGGGACGGACAAACGCACCGCGCCGGGGCGAGCGAACAAAGCGGCCGCAGACGCUCCGCGCCGGUGCGGGCGGGGCGCCGAGGCGAGGCAAAGCGAAGCGAAGCGCGCCGCGCGGGUCACCGCUGCCUGCUCGCCUCGCCAAGGCGUGA